AUGGCAAAAAGGGAACGGAAGGGGGGGCUGGAGAAUGAGACAGCAAAGGGGAAGGAGAAAGCCUUGGCGUCAGUCGUGGGGGUUGAGGAGGGGUAUGUUAUGACAUGGAAAUCCCAGCCCGUUGGUCAUGCUGGCCCGCGUGGGGCUCUGAGCAGCAGAAAGGCCUCCGAGUCCAGCCAGGCGGCCUCCUACCUGGCGCUGGUGGGAGCCAGGACGCAGGGAAUGAACCUGUCACCGACUCCUGCUUGUAAACAAACCAAAUACCGUGGGAAAGAUGAGCUACAAAAACUAAAAGUAGCCCCUCCAACUCCACCCUGGGCUCAUUUCUUCUUCCUGUGUGUUCCCACGGAACGGAAGCAGCGUGGUGAUGGACACGUCGCUCCCCUGUCUCGGCUGAGCCACAAGAGGCCCCCUAAUGGGCGCAGCUUUCGCAGUGGAGGGCUCAGAGAAGGGGAGCCAGGACUCUUUACCCGCUGGCAAUCAGGCCCUGUCCCCCCCGGGGCCGCCCGCCCGGUCCCAACUUUGGAGACACUCAUCGUCAGAGUGCCCCCCACACCGAUCGCCCCCCCCCAGCUCCUGCGCUCCGGCCCCACCUACCUGAUCAUCCAGCUGAACACCAACUCCAUCGUGGGGGACGGGCCCGUUAUCCGGAGGGAGAUCCAGUACCGGGCCAGCCAGUCCACCUGGAUGGAGACUCACGGUGUGGGCUCUCUGACCUAUAAGAUCUGGCACCUGGAGCCGGACACAGAGUACCGGAUCAGUGUCCUGCUGACGAGGCCCGGGGAGGGGGGCACCGGAGCUCCAGGGCCCCCCCUCACCAGCAGGACCAAGUGUGCAGAGCCGAUGCGUGCCUUGCGGGGUCUGACGGCUGCAGAGAUCCAGCCGAGGCAGCUGGCCCUGCAGUGGGAGCCUCUGGGAUAUAACCUGACGCGCUGCCACACCUACACCCUGUCGCUGUGCUACCGCUACUCCAUGCCCACCGGGGGGGGCGGCGGGGGCAACAACGCCACCGUCAGAGAGUGCCUGUCCGUGGAGCGCAACACGUCCCGCUUCACCCUCAGAGACCUGCCGCCUUUCCGCUCCGUCCACAUCCGCCUGGCCCUCGCCAACCCCGAGGGCAAGAGGGAGAGCCGGGAGGUCACCUUCCAGACGGAGGAGGACAUUCCUGGAGGCAUCGCUUCGGAGUCGCUGACCUUCACACCGCUCGAUGACAUGAUCUUCCUUAAGUGGGAGGAGCCUGUGGAGCCCAACGGCCUCAUCACGCAGUACGAGAUCAGCUACCAGAGUAUUGAGUCUUCAGACCCGGGUAUCAACGUGCCAGGUCCCCGCCGUACGGUGUCCAAGCUAAGGAACGAGACCUACCACAUGUUCUCCGGUCUGCAUCCUGGGACCACCUACCUGGUGUCGGUCCGAGCCCGAACUGCCAAGGGGUUCGGGCAGACGGCGCUCACCGAAAUCACCACCAAUAUCUCUGCGCCGGUGUUUGACUAUGAAGACAUCCCCUCUCCGCUGAGUGAAUCUGAGAGCACCAUCACCGUGCUGCUGCGCCCGGCGCUGGCCAGAGGGGCUCCGGUCAGUGCGUACCAGGUGGUGGUGGUGGAGGAGGAUGGGUCUCGGCAGGUGAGGCGGAGGGAGUUGGGCGGAGUCGACUGUUUCCCGACCCCCACCUCCCACAGCGAGGCUCAGGCUAAAGGGGCCCCGCAUUACUUCACGGCUGAACUGGCCCCAAGCUCGCUGCCCGAGGCCACGCCCUUCACCGUGGGAGACAACCACACCUACAACGGCUUCUGGAACAGCCCACUGGACCCCACCAAGAACUACCUCAUCUUCUUCCAGGCCACCAGCAACUUCAGAGGGGUGAGACCCGGCUUUCUGUUUCAGACGCGCUGA